ACUCUUCGGGUUUGGCCUGUUCCCCGAAGUUCACAUUGUAAUUGCUGGUCUUCAGAGCAGAAGUCAUUGUGGAAACCCAUGGAAGACGUCUCCUCCCUGAAGCAGGCAGGAGCGCUUUGCCGCCAGGACCGCUGAGCGAGACCGUCCCCAGGGGCACAGUGAGCUCCUGCUCCGAGGGGUCCCGAGUUCGAGGUGGCGCCAGCAGGAACAGAAUGCAAGCUAAAGCUGGCCACGCGGACCCAGAAGCGGUGACGAGGGCAACAGCUUUCCCGGCCCAUGUUGAGCAGUAAACGUUUCCUGAUGGCUUAGAGUUCACCAGCCUGGGAUGUCUCUGUGCCCACCUCAUGUCCCACCAGAGGGCAUGUGUGUUCCAGGUGAUGGGCACCAACCUCAUCAUCCCUUGGUGUCUACAGGCAAGAUGUCCUUCGAGGGAGCCAGGCUCAGCAUGAGAAGCAGGAGGAAUGGUGCCUUGGGAAGCACCCGGACCCUGUACUCCAGUGUGUCACGGAGCACAGACGUGUCCUACAGUGACACCGACUUGGUGAAUUUUAUUCAAGCAAAUUUCAAGAAACGGGAGUGUGUUUUCUUCACCAAAGAUUCCAAGGCCACGGAAAAUGUGUGCAAGUGUGGCCAUGUCCAGAGCCAGCACAUCGAAGGCACCCAGGUCAAUGAAAACGAGACGUGGAACUACAAGAGACACACUAAGGAGUUUCCCACCGAUGCCUUUGGAGACAUUCAGUUUGAGACCCUGGGGAAGAAGGGCAAGUACCUCCGUUUGUCCUGUGACACGGAUUCCGAAACCCUCUACGAGCUGCUCACCCAGCACUGGCACCUGAAAACACCCAAUUUGGUCAUUUCCGUGACCGGAGGUGCCAAAAACUUCGCCUUGAAGCCGCGCAUGCGCAAGAUCUUCAGCCGGCUUAUCUACAUCGCGCAGUCGAAAGGGGCUUGGAUCAUCACCGGAGGCACUCACUAUGGGCUCAUGAAGUACAUCGGCGAGGUGGUGAGGGACAAUACCAUCAGUAGGAAUUCGGAAGAGAACAUCGUGGCCAUUGGCAUAGCAGCUUGGGGCAUGGUCUCCAAUCGGGACACCCUCAUCAGGAAUUGUGACAACGAGGGGUGUUUUUCAGCCCAGUACAUCAUGGACGACUUUAAGAGAGACCCUCUGUACAUCCUGGACAACAACCACACCCACCUGCUGCUCGUGGACAACGGCUGUCACGGACACCCCACGGUGGAGGCGAAGCUCCGGAACCAGCUGGAAAAGUACAUCUCCGAGCGCACUAGUCAGGACUCCAACUAUGGUGGGAAGAUCCCCAUUGUGUGUUUUGCUCAAGGGGGUGGAAGAGAGACUUUGAAAGCCAUCAGCACCUCCAUCAAAAGUAAGAUCCCCUGUGUGGUGGUGGAAGGCUCAGGGCAGAUCGCCGAUGUGAUCGCUGGCCUGGUGGAACUGGAGGACACCCUUACCUCAUCCAUGGUCAAGGAGAAGCUUGUGCGCUUUUUACCGCGGACUGUGUCCCGACUGCCUGAGGAUGAGCUUGAAAGCUGGAUUAAAUCACUCAAAGAAAUUCUUGAAAGUUCUCACCUGCUAACAGUGAUUAAAAUGGAAGAAGCUGGAGAUGAGAUUGUGAGCAAUGCCAUUUCCUACGCUCUGUACAAAGCCUUCAGCACCAACGAGCAAGACAGGGACAAUUGGAAUGGACAGCUGAAGCUUUUGCUGGAGUGGAACCAGCUGGAACUUGCCAGCGAUGAGAUCUUCACCAAUGACCGCCGAUGGGAGUCUGCUGACCUUCAGGAAGUCAUGUUUACAGCUCUCAUAAAGGACAGACCCAAGUUUGUCCGGCUAUUCCUGGAGAACGGCUUGAACAUGCAGAAGUUCCUUACGGACGAGGUCCUCACCGAGCUCUUCUCCAGCCACUUUAGCACCCUUGUGUACCGGAACCUGCAGAUCGCCAAGAACUCCUACAAUGACGCCCUCCUGACGUUUGUCUGGAAGCUGGUGGCAAACUUCCGGCGGGGCUUCUGGAAGGAAGACAGAGGCAGCAGAGAUGAGGUGGACGUGGAGCUCCAUGAUGCGACAUUCAGGACCCGGCACCCUCUGCAAGCUCUCUUCAUCUGGGCUGUUCUUCAGAACAAGAAGGAACUCUCUAAAGUCAUUUGGGAGCAGACCAGGGGCUGUACUCUGGCGGCCCUGGGGGCCAGCAAGCUCCUGAAAACUCUGGCCAAGGUGAAGAAUGACAUCAACGCUGCUGGGGAGUCUGAGGAGCUGGCAAAUGAGUACGAGACCCGCGCUGUUGAGCUGUUCACAGAGUGUUACAGCAGUGAUGAAAACUUGGCAGAGCAGCUGCUGGUCUACUCCUGUGAAGCCUGGGGUGGAAGCAACUGUCUGGAGCUGGCAGUGGAGGCCACGGACCAGCAUUUCAUUGCCCAGCCUGGGGUCCAGAAUUUUCUUUCCAAGCAGUGGUAUGGAGAGAUUUCCCGAGACACGAAGAACUGGAAGAUUAUCCUCUGUCUGUUUGUCAUCCCCCUAGUGGGCUGUGGAUUGGUGUCGUUCAGGAAGAAGCCCGUUGACAAGCACAAGAAGCUGCUGUGGUAUUACGUGGCCUUCUUCACCUCCCCCUUCGUGGUCUUCUCCUGGAACGUGGUCUUCUACAUCGCCUUCCUCCUGCUCUUCGCCUACGUGCUUCUCAUGGACUUCCACUCCGUGCCUCACACCCCCGAGCUGAUCCUCUACGCCCUGGUCUUCGUCCUGCUCUGUGACGAAGUGAGGCAGUGGUACAUGAACGGGGUGAAUUACUUCACUGACCUGUGGAACGUAAUGGACACACUGGGGCUUUUCUACUUCAUAGCGGGAAUCGUCUUCCGGCUCCACUCUUCCAACAGAAGCUCUUUGUAUUCUGGGCGAGUCAUUUUCUGCCUGGAUUAUAUUAUAUUCACUCUACGCUUAAUCCACAUUUUCACUGUAAGCAGGAAUUUAGGACCCAAGAUUAUCAUGUUGCAGAGGAUGCUGAUCGACGUGUUCUUCUUCCUCUUCCUCUUUGCUGUGUGGAUGGUGGCCUUUGGCGUGGCCAGGCAGGGGAUCCUUCGGCAGAACGAACAGCGCUGGCGGUGGAUUUUCCGCUCGGUCAUCUACGAACCCUACUUGGCCAUGUUUGGCCAGGUACCCAGUGACGUGGACGGAACCACGUAUGAUUUUUCCCACUGCACCUUCUCGGGGAACGAGUCGAAGCCACUGUGUGUGGAGCUGGACGAGCACAACCUGCCCCGCUUCCCCGAGUGGAUCACCAUCCCACUCGUGUGCAUCUACAUGCUGUCCACCAACAUCCUGCUGGUCAACCUGCUGGUCGCCAUGUUUGGCUACACCGUGGGCACCGUGCAGGAGAACAAUGACCAGGUCUGGAAGUUCCAGAGGUACUUCCUGGUGCAAGAAUACUGCAGCCGCCUCAACAUCCCGUUCCCCUUCGUGGUCUUUGCCUACUUCUACAUGGUGGUGAGGAAGUGCUUUGGCUGCUGCUGUAAGGAGAAGGACGCCGGCUCCUCAGCCUGCUGCUUCACAAAUGAAGACAAGGAGACUUUGGCGUGGGAGGGUGUCAUGAAGGAAAAUUACCUCGUCAAGAUCAACACAAAAACCAACGACCACUCAGAGGAGAUGAGACAUCGGUUUAGACAACUGGAUACAAAGCUUAAUGAUCUCAAAGGUCUUCUGAAAGAGAUUGCAAGUAAAAUCAAAUAAGGUGGCAAGAACAUUCAUGGAGACUGAUCCACUGUAGUGAGGUAAAGUAAGCCAUCUGAAUCAUAAGGCUUAAGGAAUGCUGAUGACCAGUCCUACCAUUGACCACUGAAGGAGAACCUUUCAGGUCCCUGGCACGUAGCGGAUGACUUGUGGCCACCCUGGUGGGCGUAGGUCUGGGAACGAAGGACAUGAUGAACUUUUCAUGUGAAGACCACUAUAGGAAGACAUUUCUGUAACGUGCCCUCCCCCAUGGUUCCUCAGAGCUCAGCUCUGGUGGUCAAGUGGCCAUGCCCCUUUCCUUCCCACCAACCUUCCUCCCUCGACCCACACAGCUCACAGGAGAAGAGCAACUCUCCCAAGACAAUGAACUUGGUCCUGCUUUUA